GAUACAGUUAUCUUCUGUUAAUUGACCAGUUUUCUUUAUCUCUUCCACAACCAAUCUUUCUUGCAGGAAAUAUCUUCUCUUAAUGGGCCAUUGAAUGUCCCUGCAGGACUGAGAAAAAUGACAUCAUCCCAUUGUGAGAUGCUCCGCCCAGGGGGAGGGGCCAAGCAUUCCUGCCUGUUUAUAAUCUCGGACUUUGAACACCAUUGGCAUCCUUUUCCCACUGCAUUCUCAGUGGUGCAGCUUUUCUUCUCUACUGGAUUCCCAGAGGAAGAUUCCCAACAACACCACCACUGGACCUUCAGAGGAAAACUUCAGCCUUCUACAGGAUCAUUGCUUCAACACAACCACACCUGUCAUACUGCAGGAGGACUGCAGCCCCCAUUUCCUGGGACUGCUGCCAGCAUCCUGACCCACAGGGUGUCAGGUUGUAUUCUGACUCAGUCAGUGUUUUUUUUUUCUUUGUCCAAUAGCAUUUGUAUUUUAAAUUAUUUUCUAGGAAAGAACUGUUAUUCCUAUUCCCCUAUCUUUGCCUAAGAGACACUUAAAUUGAAAAUAAUAUUAAUUUGGCAGGAGGGAGGGGGUUAAUAUUUUCCAUUUCAAGGGAGACUUCUGCCCUCCUUAGCAGACAGCUGUCUUUUCAAACCAAGACAAUGCCCCACGACACCCAGGCAGACAAGGAGCUGAAGAUGGAGACCAGGGAGGACAAAUCCCCGCAGCAGAGCCUCAUGGAAGAGGCCCUUUCGAGUGGUUCCACAGUGCUGGAAUCCAAUGGGGCGGAAAAGCCCCAGAGAUCCCACAGGAAGAGGGGCUCCAAACCCAACCCAGAGUGCUCUGAAGAGAAAAGACCCACUCUGUGCCAGGAAGGUGGACAAAGCUUCAGCUGGAGCUCGGAGCUGGUGGUGAAUGAGCAGCUUUGUGAUGGGGAGAAGCCCUACAAGUGCUUGGAGUGUGGGAAGAGCUUCAGCCAGAGCAGCACCCUGAUCCGCCACCAGAUGAUCCACACUGGGGAAUGGCCCUACAAGUGUGGGGAAUGUGGGAAGGGCUUCAGGUGCAGCUCUGAGCUCAUCACCCACCAACGCAUCCACACUGGGGAGAGGCCCUAUGAAUGUAGCGAAUGUCCAAAAAGGUUUCACACCACCUCCACCCUCCUCAAACACCAGCGGAUUCACACAGAUGAGAGGCCGUUCCGCUGCCCUGACUGUGGGAAGGGCUUCAAGGAAAACUCCACCCUCAUCAGCCACCGCCGCAUCCACACCGGGGAGAAGCCCUACGAGUGUCCCCAGUGUGGGAAGAGCUACACCCAGAGGUCUCACUUGACCAAACACCAACGGAGGCACCAGUAAGGGAAGGCCUGCAAAUGCCCUGACUGCAGGAAGAGCUUCGUGCACUGCUCCUGCUUCAUCCCCCAUUGGAGGACCAACGUUGGGAAGAGCCCUGGUGACCCAUGUUCCCUGUGAUCCAUGCUGGGAAGAAACCUGUCUCUUUUCCUGCCCCUGGCAAUGACAUGACGUGGGCUCAAAGAACAUGAGGGUCUGGCCGUGGUGCUGUCAUAACAUUCACUCCCACAUCAGGUCAUUGCCAGGGGCAGGAAAGGGAUUCUCUCUCUCUCUCCUGAGGAGGAGGGUGUCCUUUCCAGGUAGGAGGGAAUAGGUGGCUGGGAAGAGACAGUCGGUGGUGGUGUAGUUUUCUUAUCUCUUCUGUGUUCAAUAUUGUUUCUGUUCCUAUUUGUUCCUUAUGAGGUUGCUGUUCCAAAUAAAUUGUUCUUAUCCCAGCCCAGGAUCUUUGCCUGUUGUGCUUUCCAUGGGAGGCGGGAAGGCAGCGAGUAGCAGGGCGGUUGUAGCAGGAGCAGGAAAUUGGGGAAUCCCAUUCCUAAAGCCUGGCUGGUGGAGACUGAGCAUCCCAGCUGGUGCCAGCCCUGGUGGCCAUGGCAGCAACCUUGGGAGCGGGUCCCACCUGGCUGGGAGCUGUGGGAACCUCUUCACUCUGGUGCCCAGGGACAGGACUGGAGGGAACAGCUGCAACUGAGUCGGGGCAGA